AUGUUUGAUGCUAUGGGUGCUGCUGGAUCGGCGGAUGACAUUAAUGCUAUGGAAAUUCACCAUUGGUACACAAAAUUUAUGAAAGAGUGCCCAUCUGGACAGCUUUGUCUGCAUGAAUUUAAACACGUCCUGGAUCUACAUGGACUUACUCCAGAAGCUAACAGCUACGUUGAACAAGUAUUUCACACAUUUGACAUGAAUAAGGAUGGAUUUAUAGACUUCUUGGAGUUCAUAGCUGCAAUAAAUUUGGUCAUACGAGGGAAAAUUGACCAAAAAUUGAAAUGGUACUUUAAGCUAUACGAUGCUGAUGGAAAUGGAUGUAUUGACAAAAAAGAACUAUUAAGCAUAUUCACGGCUAUCCAGGCUAUUAACGGCCACACCAACAUGUCUGCUGAAGAGUUCACAAACAUGGUAUUUGAGAAGAUAGAUGUGAACAAUGACGGGGAACUGACUUUAGAAGAAUUUAUCAAUGGUGUGGAAAGAGAUGAGGACCUCUUGGAACUGAUUACAAAAAGCUUUGACCUUUCCAACGUACUCAAAGUCAUACAGAGCGGCAGAAGACACAGCAUCUGA